CGACCAGACGGUGCACCGACGACCACGCACGGAGGGACCUCAGAAUGCCUGAUGGGCCCGAUGGAACUGGUUGAAGGGAAUCCAUUAGUGGGUGUGACUGAGACGCAAUCACGCUCCCGCCCCCCUACAAAUUUGGUUGUCUUCACGGCGCCGAUGGUUGGGCUGCGGGGGACCCUCGACCCUGCAGGGGAGAAAUCUCCUACGGGGCCUGAGUCGUGUCGCCCCCAGUCAUCGGCCGGUGGCGAUCUGUCCUCGGACUGGACCAUUGUUCCCCAACAGAGUCGCAAAGGAAAAAAUGCACCAGUUGGGAAACACCAGGAAAGCGACCCACCAGGGAAGCGGACCUCCAACUCGAGCGACGGUACGACAAAAAACCGAUUGAGCAGUAAACGACGACGCAAAUUAAUGGCUCGUCACAAACUACAAUCCGAAUUGGAUAAAACUAGCCCAAAUCCGCAAGUGCCCACGGCUAUGAGCGGUUCAGCUGCCGCUGCUACGGGUUCCGGACUAGGGCCAAAUCAGCAUUCAAAACCCGUUCAGACAAGCUCGAGAGACUCUGCUGGCUCUAAACGAUCACGUCUCGAUGACACUAUAUCACCGAGAGGGGCGAAAAAGAAGCCAUGCCUUAAUGAGUACCGGGCUGUCCAGACCGCGAGUUAUGCGGAUGCAGUUAAGGGUGACCUAAUUGUGGCGAUAACAUCUGACACACCAACUGGUCACCUUAACCAAGAACAAGCCGACCACAUCCUGGCAUCACUCCAACCCUUGCUUCAUCAAGAAGCCUUGAACUAUAGGGAAGGAGACGCGUGCAUCCUAUUUAGGGGCAAACCCAUGUUUAAGGGGGGCGUCCUUAAGCUAUGGUGCGACGAUGCGAGGACGGUGGAUUGGCUCAAAGCAGCCACCAAGAAGGUUACACUGCCUUCUGGUGACAAAAUCUGCGUCAGAAGACUUGCGGACGUGCCGCGUAGAGUGCGCUGUGGCAUCCUGCUCCCAGGUGUGUGGAAGGACAUGAAGGUUGUCGGCCUUCAACUCCGGUACCACAAUGACUGGGCGCAGGUACACCGCUGGUUGCUCCUUCGGGCUGAGGUACAGGAAGCGGAAACGUUUGUUGUCGUCAGCAUACCGGAGGAUUUGGUCUCUACGGUCAUGGAGCAUAACCGUUGCCUAGGAUUCUUCUUUGGCUCGGUCUAUAUUAAGUUCCAGGGGCCAAAGGGUAAAUAUACCGAAUGGCCCCCCGAAUGGGACAAACCAACGGUGGAAAAUGCGACCACGUCUGCAAAGUCGGAUCCUGACUUAAACAAGGCUGAAACACUGCCUAGUUUAACAACAGAAAGUGAGGAGCAAGCCACAGCUCCCUCCACAUCGCGCGACACAACUGAUGCGCCUAUGGAGGUGACGCCUGACGAUGAACUCAUCCUGCUCUCAGUAGAUUCGGGCGACCCAGAGUCGGCUGAUUCGGAGAGUGGUGAUGAGUACACCAGAAGGUUCGGUGGCUUGGCCCUGGGUCAGGAGGAAGAGGGGAUGCUAUCUGAUGAUGGCGAACCCCUCAUCUGAAUGCCACUUUCUUCAAGCAAACCUCCAGCACAGUCAGAGCGCUACGGCUCAGCUCAGGAAAUGGCUGGAGGUAACCACUACGGCCAUUGUGCUUAUCCAAGAGCCGUGGGUAAGCAACUCUGGCAAAAUCAACGGCCUCACUAACAUCGGAGGGAUGUAUGCGCCAUCCUACUACUAGGCGACAACAACCACAGGCCC